AUGCCGAUGCAGUAUCGCACUCCGGAUGCCAGGCAGCGCAAGCUGGCGAUCCGCAAGUUCGAUGGCACCGAGGUGUACGUUGGACUCGGGUCCGGCUUCUUCGACUGGGGCAAGGCGUUUUGGCGCCAGGUCGACAUGGCACAGGAGUCUUGCGGUCUCCUGUGGAGCGAGAAUGUGAAGACUGCCGUGCUCGGGCAGUACCUCACUGGCACUGCCGAGCGGUAUUUCAGCAAGCAGGUCGACAAAUGGUGGUCCGUGCUGCCUACAUUGCAGUACGUGAUGCAGCGCAUGCUGGACACAUUCAAGACGACGAUGAACGCCGCUCAAGCAAUGAAACUCUUCACGGCGAAUAAAGAGAGCAAGAGAUCCUGGCCAGAACGCUACUUGUAUCUGGUCGCUGUCAGCGUCGCUGCGGGCGGCGCUGAGCAGCAGGUUCUGGACAACAUUGUGCGCUACGCCUCGUCUGAGCUGUCGAUAAUGCCCAUGGCGAAGUACCAGACGCACCGCAUCGACUACCUCAUGCACGCGGAAGAGAUCGCGCCCUUUGCGCAAGCAAUCGAGGGAAACACGCAAUUGCCACUGGUGUAUAAGGUCGGCCCUGUGAAGAAGGACUGUCGCAUCAAGAAGAAUGACGACAAGAAGAGGGGCAGAAGCCCAAAAGACGGCGGCAGCAUCACGCUAGCUGUUGGUGAAGGAAGAGGUCGCAACGGCUCGCGCGCCACCGGUCAUAGUCUGGCGAUGGCGAUUGGUGACGACAGCGAUGACGAAGAUGACGACUGGAUACUCGACUGCGAUUCCAGCCGCCACCUUGUGAACGACGCAUCCCUGCUGCGCGACGCGAGGGAUUGCGAUCAAUAG